AUGGCGUGGGCAAAAGAAGUUGUGCUUGACUCAGCCACCGGGGACUUCUAUGUGUUUGAUUUCAAGACGGACCGGUGGGUAGCGGAAGGAAACGUGGGGAUCCAGAAGAGCUGCGGUGGAAUGGGAGGGAUCGCUGCCGCAAUUCUGGCGGAUGCAGCCGGUGGACAGGGUCACGGUUGUGAGCAAAAGUUUCCUGUCAACGAGCUGCUCGGGGUGAGACGCAGCAUCCAGAGCGCAGCGGACAUCAGCUCGAAGACACUGCAACGCCCGAAGACCCCCAGGAGAGUACACGAACCAGAUGUUGCUGUCGUUCUCGGCCAGGCUCACCGACAAACGGGCCACAGUCUCAGCAAAGCCAGCGCCAUUUCUUGUCUUGUUCUUGUAGGUAGGGAAGAGAUACCUGACACGUUUGGCACUGGGCUGACCACACACCCGAUACGUGGCUGGUGCCACGUCGGUCUUGUUACACCCCUCGACAGGUUUCAGAGCGAGGUGCUCGUCCGAGUGCGUCCGAAGAGCGUCCAACAUCGCUUCUUGAAGCACGUGCACUGCGGCGAGUUUCUCGCGUGGAGCCCGGGGAAGUGGAGCAUCGGCGAAGCAACCGCGGCGCGCUGCAGACAGACUUUCACCGUGCUGGCCGCGUCGAACAGGGCAGGGCCAGAGGUGGUAGAGAUCGGCAACUGCUUGGCCACCAGGCAUCACUCAACUAGUCUACUGCGGGCGUUCGUGGAGGACAAGCACAUCCUUAUCAGGGACGAAAACCGGAUAGAUCGAGGGAGCGAGUUCGUGAUGAACGGGAUGCAGACAGCCGACGACUUCGACGGUAUGUCCGUCAGGAGUUCUCACAAGCAAGCGGCGGCGGCGGCAGAAAUCGUCUUAACAAUCUGCUCAGCGAUCACAUUUCCCUCUUGCCAUGCACGACGAAAAAUGAUAACCCAUUCCACAGAGGCGACGACCACUCCUUGCAAGAGGGCCGUUCCGUUUCCCCGUCGACCACAGCCGGGGGAGAAGCCGCGCUUUGCCCCACCGCAAUCCACCAGAGCGAUUCGAGUUUCUUCUGCCACCUCGGAAAGGCGUGGGAGGACGACGGAAAAUGACCCAUCGGUUUUGGUCGGCAACGCCACUCGUAUCGGCGGGGAGGCUACGGGUGGGGGAUGCGGUGGUGAUGAUAGUCACUGCGGGGCCCGGGCAACAGGAUUGGGUGAUGAUGUCGAUACGGGGGUGCACGGUGGUGGACAACGCCAGGGCAGCACAACCGCGGCGAAUCCAGUCGGACGACGACGCGUGCUGAUAGCGAGGUUGGGAGAGGGACUCGGACUCGAUCUGUCCCCGGCGAUUGACGCCCUGCUCCAUAGAGAAGAACACCUCCGUGUUCCCGAGUCGCAUUUUGGCUCGUCAGGAGACAUCCCAGAAGCCUUAGACGAAAACACGCCAGCAUCAAGGAUGCCGGUUAGCACGGGAACCACUGGCGAGUCUACGCUCCCUCGAGGAACGGAGGACGAUGCUGACCGCCGUCAUGAUGAGCAAGGGAAAAUACAGAGGCAGCAAAAACAGCAUCAUCCACAACAUGAUACAGGCGGGGGCAGUGCCGAAAAUGGCACGACCAGAACCAGAGACGAUGAUACGCUGUCCCGGGUGAGGUCGCCUGAGAACACCUCAGAACCCGCUUCGUGCAACAGGUCAAGAAAGGUUCGCUCCGUCGCGGGCGGUGGAGGGGAGAGACGUCGGGAUGUGGCGAUGGGAUCGGUGGUCAGGGUCCCCGGGCAAGAGCGCAGAAGGCCUUACAAUAGCUUCGAUCGCUUCAGGAAGAUGGAACGAGAAACGCGGAACGUGUUCUUCUCGCUGGGGUGCGGCAGCGGCAGCGGAAAAGGCUGCGAAGGGGUAGCUGGUAAAAACAAGGCUCGUGAUACAUCGCGAGGCGCCGGGGCUGAUGGCAACGCUAUCAAUGUCAAGCGAUUUUCGGCCAAUUUUGGGAGAAAGGAAGCGUGGACCCCAAUGUCAGAACCGGAGAUCAGAACGCAAGGUAGGCUUCGCUGCAAACAUCGCUGGCGCAGUGCGCUCGUAACACUCUGUACAACGUGCACCAGUGUGGCGCCAUUUACCUCACAACUGAUGUCGAUCGCCAACAAGCACUCACUGACUCUGCAACCGAUUGUCGAUUGCUCUCCGGCCGUCUUCUCAGGCCCCUACUUGGGUAAGAACGGGUGUGCGUCGUCUACAAAGACCACAAGCUUGAACCCAAGGCACUUGUUGACGAACCCCAGGCGCUGGAAGUUUUCCGGUUCGAAGGUAGGCAACGUGGUCCUGCGGCAAGCUAUAAAACUGUAG